CAUUAAGGCGCAAAUAGUAGAUCGAACGGCUAUACGAGAAGAGACAGAAAAACGCCAAGUUGAAUUUUAGUUUUUUUGUUUGUUCAACUUUUUCGUACCAAAAAAAAUAAAUUAUCUCAGUUUUUCCAUCAAUUAUAAUUUCGCGUCCAAGUAUUUUAUUAUUUCUCGCAAAUGAUUUUUGUCGUUUGAAUGUGUAUUAGAUCAUAUGAAAAAUAAUAAGUUAAAAUACUCUGUUUAGCCAGUACUGAAAAAGAACAACACGAACAGAAAAACGACAUACACAGAGUAAAAGUAAAAAAAAAGUUUUAAAUUUAACGAAAAAAAAAUCAAAUACACACGAUAAAAACAUUUGUCUCGCUUUGUAUAGACAUUGUUGGAAGGAAUAAACGAAAAGUUGGCCCCCAAAACGUACUAAAUUAAAGUGAAUUGAAUCCAGAUAGCAUUUGAGUUGUAACAAAGGCGAAGAAAAUAACAAGAAAAACAAAAAUGUUUGCAUUUAUAAAAAAUAAAAUGAAGAAAUAAAUCUAAUCGGGCAACAAACUGAAGUUUUGUGAUCGAACAAUAAAUGCAGCUCAUUAGCAACAACAACAGAAAUACCCAAAAUAACAACAACAACCACAGUUAAUACUGCUGAAAGAUUUUUUUCCGAGGCGAAUGGAGCAGAAAGAAGAUGAUGAUGCUGAAAAACAUUCUAUAAAUAAUAAUAAUAAGCAAAAAAUCAUCAAAACGUUUAAAAGUACGACAAAAUGCAAACAUAAAACCAUACGGUGUAGUCGAUGCUAACACAAACACAAACACACACCAAAUAUAGAGAUAAAACAAACAUUUAUUGAAAGACACAGAGAGACAAGAAAAAGAUUAGAAGUACCACGAACGCGCAAGAUAUAUCUACAACAAGUGUACUAAUUUCGUUGAUUUUCAUUAUGGUUUUUGUUAUUUUUUCAUCAUUUUGAUUACAAAUCUAUUUUUAUUGUAAUUAUUAUUGUUUCUGUAAAUUUUGGGUUUAAGCAACGCUCGAGUUUUCAAGAGAUUUUUAAGACCAUUGUUUGUGUGUGAUAUUGAAUAGCUUUUGAUAAUCGUUUUAUCGCUAAAUGAUCGUUAUUGAAACGGGAAAGACGCGUGCAUCAAGAAUAAGAGAACAAAAACAAAUCAUCAAAGCAAACAAAAGGCAAGACCCGUAGGUGAGUGUGGAUGUGCGCGCGUACGGAAUUUUUUCAAACCAAAAUAAACGAUCGAAUAUACGAUAUGCCUGUUAAGGCAUAUAAAUGCAUACAAUUUAAGAGGAAAUGGCGAUAUUCGCAUCAUCAGCGAUCAAAUAACAUCAACAGCGCAAUAUUAAUAACAACAAUUACACAAAUAUCGAUAAACCGAGCAAUUUUCAACGCCUCUAAUUCAUAGUAAAUAAAGUACGUAACCAAAACGACAAAAAACGGCAUACGAUAAGCGCAUUGGUGUAUUACUACUCGACAAAUAAAUAAAAGGCGCAACGGUAGUAAUUAAUAUUCUACAAUCGCGUAACAGAACGAAAAGAAAGUAAAAAAUAAAUAAGAAAAAUAGAAGAAAAAAACGUAAACAAAUCGAAUCGACGUUGUAAUUUGACAUCUCUAGUGUUACUUUGGAUGUGCCAUUAUUGUGUUAAAAACGAAAAAUAAUUACAAAACAACAAAAAUAUUGUUGAAACAAAACCUGCGACACACCGCCAAGAGAGGAGAAAGAGAUAGAGUAAGAGAGCAGAGUGAGAGAAAGAAAGAGAGAGAACGAAAAUAUACGUGAACCGCUAAUCAAAAUAGACGAUAGACAUUUUAACGAAUUUCAAAAAUUUUGUAAUUGUAAGAUGGAAGUUGUUUCGAAUCGUGUCAAAGAGAAUCACACUAUUUCUGCGGAUACAUUGGACGAUUUGGCCAGUCGAUUCAUUAUCAAUAUACCGGAUAGUGAUCGUUCGAAUUUUGUACGAAUAUGCUUUCAAAUUGAACUAGCUCAUUGGUUUUACUUGGACUUUUAUUGUACGGGCGAAGAGAAUCGUGCACUUGUGCCGUGUGGUAUUAAACAAUUUGCUAGCCAUAUAUUCAACCACAUUCCAUUUUUGUCGUUGCAUGUUAAAAAUUUGGACAAUAUUUUACAAGAAUGGAAGCAGUACAAAAUGUCUGUGCCAACGUAUGGUGCGAUAUUGAUGACAACCGAUUUAAAGCAUGUUUUAUUGGUGCAAUCGUAUUGGGCGAAGAGUUCGUGGGGUUUUCCAAAAGGCAAAGUUAAUGAGAACGAGGAUCCAUUGCAUUGCGCGAUAAGAGAGGUGUAUGAAGAGACUGGAUACGAUAUAGCUAGCUUAGCCAAACCGGAUGAAUUUAUCGAAGGUGUGCUCAAUUAUCAAUAUACUCGUUUAUAUUUGAUAAGAGAUGUACCGAUUGAAACGGUAUUUGUGCCACGCACACGCAAAGAAAUCAAAUGUUGUGAAUGGUUUUCAAUUGAACAUUUGCCAACCCAUAAAACGGACCCGGUGUCACGUAAUCAUUUGGGCAUCAAUGCGAAUUCAUUUUUCAUGAUAAUGCCGUUUGUAAAACGUCUCAAAAAAUGGAUUAACGAACAAGCGCAAGGCAAUCAAAUGAGCAAAAAAUCAAAAGGUUGUGACAGCAAGCAUACAAUGGCCGGUGUAAUAAAUAGCAAUGCCGUCGCUACAAUCACACCACCAAUGGCAGCAACCUUAAAUGAUCGUAACGAUACCAAAUCACCGAAUAUGGUUUUCUUUAAAAAUAAUGCAGGCCAUCGACGCCAACGGCACAAGUCAAUGGGUGAUUUUGACAGUACAAAUGUGGUGGCGCACGAUUCAACCGGUGAUACGUUGCAUGCAAAUCAACAUCAUCACCACCAGCAACAACAGCAAAAUUCGACAGGCAAUAAAAUUAAUGGAUUUACCGAUAUGAAUGGUGUCGGUAAAACAAUUGGCGGCAAACGAAAACUAUUUGCAAUCGAUCAAACGACAACACCAUCAAUACGAUCAAUAUCACCAUUUGCCAGCAAUUUUCAAUUACAACCGGUACCGAUCAAUACAAACGGUAAUGCCAUUAACAAACAAGCGUCACAAUAUAUAUUGCUGAAAGCUGACCACAAUCGAAAAAAGAAAAAUGGCAAACAACGAAUUGGAACGGAACAGAAUGGCGAAGAUAUGGAGCAUCUAUCGGAAAAUGAAUGCCAAUCAAGUAGCAAAGGACAACAAAAAUGGCUAUUUAAUCCACCAAAAUUAUCGCAUCUACUGGGCAAAGAGCCGAAUAUAACGAAUUGGUCAAAUGUGCGGUUAAACAAGGACGUUAUCAUGAAUGAAUCACUUAAAUUAACCGGAAAAAAAUGACCCAAUUUCAUAAAAUGUUGACCAAAGCAACACACAAUACAAAAACAAACGGUUUCCGGCUUCUAAAUCAAUCAACAAUCUGGUUUUUUCUCUUAAUUAACAAUAAAACAAACUACAAAUGGCAUGCGAUCAUCCAUUGAUAAGGUUUUUUCCCUCUGUUUCAACUCUGUGAUGAAUUUUAUUCAUUAGGAAAGUUUCAACUACAACAGUUUUAACCAACGUCUUCGUCAACAGUUUAAAAUAUCAAAAUAAUAAACAUUUUCCACAAUAGGCAUGAAUCAUUUGUCUGCAAGUCAGAAUUCGCCACCGUAUACAAUCAAAAUUUAAAUUGAAAC